UGUCGUAGUCGUUUCUAGUGGACCAAAGUCGGCGAAUGCUCCGAAAAAUGCUUGUUUUAAUAUAGCAGCUCGUCCUGGGCCAGGAGCUCCUGGCGGCGUCAAUGGAUUGGACCAAGCGUGGGAAAGUCUUCUGAAGCAGAUCUUGCUAAACAAUGUAGGCAGACCACUGACCAUUAUGGUCAAGCUACAUUCAGUUUUGUCCAUCUUUCUCGGCAUGAAGAUAUUCUUGAUCCCUGGAUUAGUAUUUUUCUCAUGAAGCUGACUCUAAGACCACCAGUGCUUCGCCACCUUCACCACCAGUGCCACCGCCAC